UACCCAUGGCAAACACAAGAUCGUCUGGCGCAUAAUUAAUGCUUGUCUAUUAUUUUCGGACUGUUGCCAAGAGAGGCCUACGCCUUAGAAAUAAACUUCUUAUUUUUGUUUAUAGGAGGCAAAACAAGUUUCGAAUUUCCGACCGCAGACAAGAGCCCAGCUCUUUGAACUGGACUUUCCAUGGAUGCCAAGCCUGUGACAGUGGGCAUUCCUUUUGGAACUGACCCAGUUUCCCAGAUGUCCGAUCCUGGCGAGUCUGCUAAGCCAAGCCAAGUGGGAGAUGGACCCAGUGUACCUCCGUCACAAGCCAUCAAAUGUUAUCCAGUUCAACCCCUCAGAGAACCUCUGCCACUGGGUGGAUUUCCUCCCUCCGGAUGCGUAGGAUAUGGACAGCAGCCAAUUGUCACUCAACCUGGUCUGGGAACCGGAUUUGGACUAGGUGGUUUAGCCAAGGGAGAUGCUCAGUGCCCUCGCGGACUGGAGUACCUGGCGAGCAUCGACCAGCUUCUGGUUAAGCAGAAGGUCGUAAUUUUCGAGGCCCUCACCGGAUUCGAGACCAACAACCGGUACUCCAUCCAAAACACCCUGGGACAGAAGGUGUUCUAUGCGGUGGAGGACACAAACUGUUGCACCCGCAACUGCUGUCCCGAAAGACCCUUCCACAUCAAGAUUUUCGAUAGCUAUCUGAAGAACGAGGUGAUCCACCUCCACCGUCCCCUGGGCUGCUCCUCCAUCUGUUGUCCCUGCUGCUUGCACAGCAUUGAGGUAACCGCACCACCUGGCAACGUGAUCGGAAGGAUCCAGGAGGAGUGGGCCAUUUGCAGGCCCUGUUUUCGCAUCCUCAACCCAAGUGGAGAUCUUGCGCUGCGCAUCGAGGGACCCGCUUGUUUCUGCUCCAUGUGCUGCAGUGUCAACUUCAAUGUGAUAUCUCUUGCUGGUGAAAAGGUAGGCAGGAUCUCGAAACAGUGGUCGGGGCUUGGCCGUGAAUGGUUCACCGAUGCAGAUAUGUUUGGUCUCACCUUUCCAAUGGACUUGGACGUUAACCUAAAGGCGGUUCUACUGGGAGCCACAUUCCUGAUCGAUUUUAUGUUCUUCGAAAAGUCCUGUGAAUGCUGUUUCAAGUUUGCCGAUUGCUGUGUAAAUUGUCUUAAUAAUACUUAAAGGGGGUUGAUUUUGGAUAUCAUAACUGAUCUACAGAUGAGACUGAAGCUUAAGUCGAAGAUUAAACUUAUAGAAAUACUCAUUGUCUUAUUGGCAGAAAACCUAUAAAUGUAUUUUCGUAUAGAUUGUUAUUGUGAAUAUUAUUGUAUUUUUGUCUUGUUUAUAAGAAGGUGAAAUACAAGUGCCUUAGUGAAAUAAACAAAAUCACCGAAAAACUUAA